UCACCUAUUCCUAAUGACAAGGACUGAGACAUUAUUAAUUCGCUUUUGGGGGAAAUGAAGGAAGCCUGUGAUUUGUUUUAUGAGAGAGAAAACUGCUACAGACACAGCCAGAUAUAAAAAUAGACACAGAAGCUGCUACCAUCUGCUAGACACCCGACACUGCACAAAGCUUGGACUUCUUUUGCUUGAGAGCAUAGCACCCGUAAUAAUGCCCUAUUCCUUCAAUUUAAAAUUUGGUGGAAUGUAAUUUAGGAGACUUUUACAUUGAAGACAUCAUACAUGCUUUCUAGAAACUAGGAGGCCAAGAUGACUUUUCGCUAAAUUCUUUACAUAUGGAAAAGGGUCAUGGUCGAACAAAACAGGACCAGGAAAGAAAAGUAGAUGGUGUGGAUCCAGUAGGAGACUGACAACAUUUCAGACAUUUGCCGCCCAGAUUUAAUAAAAAUUAUUUACUGGCAUGCUUCGUUACAAAAAGCAUAAGAGGCAGGCUGAUGGCCUUGGAACAAGUGUGACUCUAAUGGAUGACACAGACCGGGAAGUGAGCAGUUUCACAGACCGAGCUUUUAGGAGUUUAUGUGUUGCAGAAGAAGAUCUAUUUAAUGAUGUUCCUCACUUGCCCUCCCCUAUUAGAGGAAUGCCACUUUCAACUAAGUACCACCUAGGAAUUUUUAACCUUUCAGUCAGAAAAACGCAACCCUUGGCACAGUUACCCACCACUUCACAUCAGCGUAAUAAGUGGGCUCCAACAUUCCAGCCUUUGCUUAACUAUGCAAAAGUAGGGUUGACUGAUGUAAAGACCAACAACAGCAUUCUAUGUGCCCCUGUGCCAAGAGGUUAUAAACAGCAUUCAAAAGUGUCAUCAUUGAUAAAGACAUUUGAUAAUAUUGAAAAUGAGAUACCAGAUAACUGUCCUUUGCCCACGCUACUUCAUUUCUCUAAAGCUUCUCAAAGAGACAUGGAAGCAAGUCCUAUUAGUGAGACUGUAGAAAAAAUUGACACCAGUGGUGCUUUACUGCUAGAACCUAUCAAUUCAGAUGUUUCUAAUUUUAAUGAAAGUCACUUACACCGACGUACUGCCAGAGAAGUUUUUCUGGAGUCACAAAUGGAAAUUUGUUCUCAGAUUUUAAGAUCUCCAUCACUUUCUUCAGGUUCACCAUUAGCUGAUCAAGUUAAACAAGUGGUAAAACAAACAGAUUCACUGAGAAGGACAGCUUUUCUACAUAGUGAACAUAGCGCCUUUAAAUCGUGGAGUGAUAUCAAUAGGAAAAUGAUUGGAGAUGAUGAAAGUGACAGUUCAAUACCAGGGACACCUCUUAUUCCUAGAAGAGCAACCCCCUGCUCACCUUUACUUCAAAGAACAAUAGCUGGAAUGAAGGCAAGAGAUGGAGGAAUGGAAUUAGGUUGGACUUCUCCUGCUUCUUCAGUAUCUAGCAGUUUUGAUGCUAAUCAAAUGCUAAGAACUGUGCCUCCACUUCCUAAUAGAAAAAACACAAAACUAAAUAAAGACUAUAGCCUUAAACAAGCAAGACCUCCCCUACAUGCAAGACCUCAAGAUUUAAUGAAGGUAUAUGAAGGACAUUCAUCAACUACAGAGCAAGUGAACUGGAUAAUUAAAUCUAAAUCACCAGAUCAACACAGUCAAGAAUAUCAACCUAAUCAUGGGGCACAAUUGAGUAAUGCAUCUCAAAGUUUUGUAAAACAAAAUGAGAAAGGCCAAGCAAACAUAGCUGUCACACAGCAGACUGAAAUAUCUCAAACAAAAAGCAAAGGAGAAGUUAAGGAACUGGAGAAAAACAAGCCACCCCCUGGAAGAAUAAAAACAUUAAUACAGGAGAUAAAAAAAGAAGCAAUUAAAGAAAUGGUACAAGUUCACUUUAUAGACAAGAAGCAUACCAUUAGAGAUUUACCAAAGGAUGGAUCUAAUGAUGUCCUUGCUACACUAGAAAAAUCACCACAGAGCUCUAAUACUCUAUCAAGCAUAAAUGAUCAUAUACCCCCAUGGAGAAAAACAAAAAGCAGUAAUAAGAUUGUAUCUGACAAGAAGAUUCCAAGUACAAGUAUGGUCACAGGAGAGAUUAUUGUAGCUCAACCCCAUGAAACUGUAUUUGUAUGUAAGGAUGACAAUGUUUUAGAAGAAAAACCAUCAUCUUUUAACAUUUCACAUCUUUUAACUCCAGUUAUAAGAAGAAAAAACAUUUAUGAAGCUUUAGAAGAAAACAUAAUAAUAACCUCUCCAAUUACAAUUAAAAAUAUAGAUCAAGAAGACCAAACAGACAUUGGUUUAUAUAAAAAAAGAGAUGAUUAUAAAUCUAAGGCAACAAGUUUGCUAUUCAACUUGAAAGAUAUGAGAAAAAGAGUCAAAAGCACAUAUAAUCCAGUCACUACUGCCAGAAAUGGCUUUGAAAAGACUUUGGUAACAGAUAUUAAAAUUCAGGAGGGUGUGGCUCACUUAUCAGAGAUCAAUGCAUUGGUUUAUGAAAAUGAAAGUUCAAAUCAAACACACUUAGAAGAACAUUUAAGGCCAACAAAAGAAGUACAAAUCAAAAGUGACGUUGCUGGAAAUGAGUAUGAGAACCGUUUAUGCCUGAGUGCCAUGGAUCAGGGCACCGUAUUUCAGAAUGGAGAAAUCCCUAAAGAUAAAGUCAUGUCAGAUUGCAAAUGUAUGCUUAUUGAGAAUGCAGCCUCUGUAUGUCUUACUACUAAUGACAAUGAUAUCAAGAAAAAAAUUGAUUAUUCUUCCCUGAAUGUAUAUUGCAAAGCAGAUACUUAUGUAAGUGGGGGGCAUACAGACUAUAAUCAAGACUCUUUAGCUUGCCUAAAAAAAACAGAAGUCAAUACUUCACCAAAAAGAGAAAAUCCAACAGAAGACAAUAAGGAUGAUGAACAUAUAGAUGUUCUAUCCAAUCCAUGCGUUUGUGAUUUAGAAAAAAUCAUGGUGAAUGAUUUAAAACAAUCAGAGCAAUGUUUUCCAUUCAAAGUGGAUCAAUGGGCUGUUGAUCGUGAUGAAAAUGAAAAGCAAAUUGUUAAAGAGGAUGAAACUAAAAACAUUUUACAGUAUUUUUCUGUUAAUAGUAGCAAAGGAGUAGAUGUAAUAGAGAGCAAAAGAAUGUCUGAAGUUUUAGAAGAUCAAAUUGGAAAAGAUGACCAAGUUAAACUGACAGAUGAAAAAUUAAGAGCAGAAAAUAUAUGCGAUGAGGAAUUUCUAAGGCCAUUAUCCUUAACACCUUUUAAACCAAAUUUAUUUCACUUAAAAGAUAAUAAAAUAAAAUUUUCUCCAGUUACAAAGUCAGUGAAACUUCCUCUUUUCAGGAGUCUUUCUGAAGAUUGCUUGGUCUUCAAGAAGUUAGAAGAUAGUAACUUUCCAUGGAGAAUAGGAGACCUGAGAGAGACAAAAGAAAGCAUUGGCAUAAGUACUGAUAUACUCUGCAUAAAGAAUAUGGAAAUAGGUAAAGUGACUCAACAUCAAAAGCAACUAAUGGUAAGCGCUACCUCAGAAUCUCCAAAACAAGAAGCCAUAAAGUAUAAUCAAAUAAAGUCUCAAAAGGAAGAAGCAGAAGACCAUAUAUUGAAUGAAGAUAAUAUUACUAAUGCUGAGAAAAGGAAACAUAGAAGUAGAAAUAAAACAGAAGAGUCAGAUGGUAUUAAAAUGACAUACAGUAGUGGGGGUAACAAUUUAUGCUUAGAAGAGUCCUUCUUUCAUCCAGUUGAAACUUGUGUCUCAGAAUGUAACACUUUGAUUGUGCAUAAUGCAAGUGAAUAUUUGAAAGAAAUAAUAAAUGGAGAACCCAUAGGCUGUCCUUGUAAUGAAGCUGAAAACACAAAAUAUUCUCCCAUUGAUAAUGAACAUUUGCAGUUUGAGGAUAGUGUCAGUUUUGCACAAGACAUUGCCUGUUCAAGCAUAACAAGUCCCAUGUCAGAGAGUUUGACUUGUUCCAUUGUAGCCAGCCCCAUGUCUAUAAAUACACAAAGUUCUGGCUUCACUACUGCACUUUCUGCUUUGGAAGAUAUGCCAAGUCCACCCUUAACAAGUUCAAACACAAGAAAUGGAAAGUCUAGUUUAUUGCUUCCUGUGGUAAUUCCAACAGACUCUGAGCCUAAAACCACUUACUUAGCCAAACAGGAAAAGGAAUCAUUUUUAGAAUCACAGAAGAUCAAUGCAAAACCUCCCGCUGUACCUCCUAAAACAGAAAAAGCAUUACGUCGUGCCAAGCGUCUGACAAAAAAACAUAGAAAGACUGAGAUCCCUCAAAGGGUACAAGAAAGCGACUUUCAGGAAUCUGACAAUCUAGAUCUUUCACCAUUAGGUAAUGUUACACCAGGUCAGGUUACACCACAAUCAUGUCACAAAUUAUUGCCAUACAUAUCCAACUCCUUAGAGCAUGAAGACAUUGUUUCUGAAUCAUCAACUCCAUCUUUUCCCCUUACCCAACGUAAAAUUCUUCAGGACCCUGAUUCUGGUCAGUACUUUAUGGUCGACAUCCCUGCUUGCUUGCGUAUUAAAACUUUCUAUGAUCCCGAAACAGGAAGAUACUUGCAAAUGUCUGUACCUUCAUCAGAAAGGGAAAGCCCAGAAUUAGAAGUGUCCAACAGUCCAUAUAUGAUAUACCCCAGGGUAACUCAUGUACCAGUUUCAUCCAUAGCAUCAUUCAAGGGAAAAUCAAAGCUCCUGAAUAAUGAUAAUGUCAACACUUGUGAAAGGAAACAUUUAUGGAAUGACAAAGUGGAAGAUUCUUUAAAAAUGCAUAAUUUCAUACAUUGUGAUUCCCAUGACCAGAGAAUGACAGGCACUCCAGUUAGCAGAGACAGAAUUACAAGUAGGAGUCCAGAUAUUAUCUCAAUGAAGGAUAUAGAUGACUUUGCAAUGGAAGCAGUUUCAUGAAAUUUGCAUUAAACUUUAAAAAAUGAAAAAGCACAAAUAAAGCAGUGCAACAAACAAGCAAAGGUUAGAUAUAAAUAGCACAUGUGAACACAUUACUAUUAACACCAAAUUCUCAUGUCACCAAAAUUAAUCAAGAGACAAUGGUAGUUUAUUUUAUGCAUUAUACAUUUGUCAA